GAGAAUUUGAUUUGUGAAACCUCUAACAGAUGCGAUUUAACAUUUAAAAACCAGGAAUAUCUGGACAUACCUUGAAUAUGGAUACAUGUAUGACUUUUAAACAAGCAUAUAGAGAAUUAUAUGAUUGGUGCCAGACUAAGGGAUACAUUUACAAUGGUCUACCUCCUUGUGUACAAGUGUCGAGACAGAGAAAACGGAAAAGAGGCGAAUCACCUGAGGACUCCCAAUUACAUAGUGGUUACCAUAAUGGUAACGAUAGAUAUAGCACAGACAGUGAGUCUGAGGAAAAUAUCACAAAUGUCUCUGGUUAUGUAGAUGAGUUAGAGAAUGAUAGAACAUACAGGGACACUGAAAAUCUUGAUGAUUCAGAGUCUGAGACCCAUGAAAAUUUCAGUGACACUGAAAAUGCUGAUGGCGCAGAGUUUGAGACCCAUAAAAAUUACAGUGAUACUGAAAAUGCUGAUGGCGCAGAGUUUGAAACCCAUGAAAAUUGCAGUGACAGUGAAAACACUGACGAAACAGAGUUUGAAACCCAUGAAAAUUUCAGUGACACUGAAAAUGCUGAUGGUGCAGAGUUUGAAACCCAUGAAAAUUGCAGUGACAGUAAAAAUGUUUAUAAAACUGAGUCUGAGAAAUGUGAAAAUUAUAGUCAUACUGAAAAUGCUGGUGAAAUUUACUGCGAGAAUUCCAAUGAAGAGGAGAAACCUGUUACAAAGAAUUUCAUUCAAAAUGGCAGGCUGAUAGCCAUGGAUAUUCACAAUUAUGGUGUUCAUCAAGCUGAGAGACAAAGCAAAGAAGAACGAGGUGUGAAGAAGAAUUCUAAUUCAAAUAGACGUAAAUCAUUUAUGUUUUUCAAUAAAAGAAAUUUGAGAAAAACAAAGUGGCUUAUAGCUGACCAUAAAAGAUCUUCCAAGACCAAAAAGAAGAAAAAGAUUCAGCAUGAGGAACUUUCGAUGCCAAGAUAUAAGGAUUCAGUACAUGAUCAGAGUAGAACGAACACAUGCAAGGCCAUAAUGCAAAUCAAAAACAAGAAAACUAGUAAGAUGUAUGUUCCGAAAGAGAAGAAAAGUAUUUCCAGUGCUGGAAAACAUUUUUUUACCCAUUCAAAGAAAAAGAAAUCUGAUCAUCAGCAUUAUUACUGA